AUGCUUCUGAGUGAUUGUAAGCAAUACUUCAACACUGAGGAUUUGUAUGAGAUCCUAACGCGUCGACAGGACAGCAAACAUCUUCCAAAGGUCAAGAAGGCUUAUUAUAAGCAGUCCAUGAAAUGGCAUCCCGAUAAGGCUGAUUCUGCUGAAGACGCAGCGAAGGAUGCUACCGCAAAAUUUCAGAUUAUUACGAGAGCUUAUGCUAUACUUUCCGACAAAGAGAGGCGCAUUCUUUACGAUGAAUCAGGAAUUGUCGAUGAUGAAAACGUUCUAAGCGAUGAGGAUAGCAUAAAUCUUUGGAGAAAAGUGUUCAAGAAAGUGACAAUCGAGGACAUCAAAAAAUUUGCUGCAGAGUAUCAAGGCUCCGAAGAGGAAGAGAACGAUAUUGUUACGGCCUACAAUGCUUGGAAGGGUGACAUGGCAAUGAUUAUGAGCUCAGUCAUGUGCUCCACCUUCGAGGACGAACCACGAAUAAAGGUUUGUCCGUUUCGAGUUGCUUAUCUGGUUGGUUGA